GUGAGUUGGGGCUCGAGGUGUUGCACGGUGAGGGUGUGAUCACGUUGACAUGUAGAUUUGAUACUUUACAUAAUACACAGUUAUGGUGCUCGGCUGAAGUAUGUUUUCGUAGCAGUGGGAGAUGGGCAUGAUGCUGACACAUAGGGUUCCCCACACCAAUGGACGGGAUCCAAUAUUGCACCAGCACAGGCAGAGUGGCCAUGCGGUGCGACACCUGGGCACCAUGCGGCUCUCUCUGCACCCGCGCUGGAUCAUGCUCGCCAUGUGUGCCGUCUCCGCCUGCUGGCUGCUCCUGCUCUACAUGUACCUGGGCCUGGAGAGCGGCGGCGGAGGAGGAGGGGCGGCAGGGCCGGUGACGGCGCCCCACGCCGCCUGGCCCUCCCCGCCGCCCGACGCCGGCCCCGACCCGGCGCGGCUGGGCCGGGUCAGCUCGGAGGCCGACGGCCGACGGAAGCGCGAGGGAUACGAGCGACACGCCUUCAAUACGCUGGUCAGCGACCGGAUUGGCUUGCGCCGUUCGAUCCCGGACACCAGGCAUGCCGGGUGCCGAAACCAAACUUACCCGGCCAGCCUUCCGGACGUCAGCGUCGUCAUCUGCUUCUACAACGAGGACGAGACGGUGCUGCUACGCACGCUGCAGGCGGUGCUGCAGCGUUCGCCGGCGCCGCUGCUGCGCCAGGUGCUGCUGGUUGACGACGCGAGCGACGCCGGCCUGGCGGAAGCUGUCCAGCACCACAUCGACAGCCGUGCUCUGCAGCACAGGGUUCAGCUGCUCCGCUCCGACGUGCGUCUGGGCUUGAUCCGAGCCCGCCUGCACGGCGCCGCGCACGCCACCGGCGAGGUGCUGGUGUUCCUGGACUCGCACGUGGAGGUGAACGUAGCGUGGCUGCCGCCGCUGCUGGCGCCGAUCGCCGCCGACCGGCACACCGUCACCGUGCCCAUCAUCGACGUCAUCAACGCCGACACGUUCGCCUACACGGCCUCGCCGCUGGUGAGGGGCGGCUUCAACUGGCAGAUGCACUUCCAGUGGGUAGCCGUGCCUCACAGCGGGCGGCGCACCGAGGACGACUUCGUCCGACCGAUCGACACCCCAGCCAUGGCCGGCGGUCUGUUCGCCAUGGACCGCAGCUACUUCUACGAGCUUGGAACGUACGACGACGGCAUGGAUAUUUGGGGCGGCGAGAACCUCGAGCUCUCGUUCAGGGUCUGGAUGUGCGGCGGCCGGAUGCAGAUCGUGCCCUGCUCUCGGAUCGGUCACGUGUUCAGGAAGCGGCGGCCGUAUGAGACGCCGGACGGCAGCAAGUCCGUGUUGCAGAACCUGCUCCGGCUGGUGCUGGUCUGGCUUGACGACUACAAGGAACAUUUCUACGACGAAUUUCCCGACGCGCCUGGGAUGAAAUACGGUGACAUUACCAGCCGAAUCAAGCUACGCAAGAAACUAAACUGCAAAUCUUUCCAGUGGUACCUGGAGACGGUGUACCCGGAGCUGGAGGUGCCGGUGACGCGAGGGCGGCAGCCGGGCGGGCUGGCCAGCCCCGACACGGCGCGCCGCGCCGCCGCUGGCCGGCUCCGGCUCCGGCUCAGCGACUCGACGCUCUGUGCGCAGCGCGGCCACGGCCGGCUCCGGCUGCGGCCCUGCGCCGACGACGCGCCGGACCAGGUGUUCUUGGAGACGGGCCGACAGGAGCUGUCGCAGGGCGAGCUGUGCCUGCAGGCCACCGAUGACGCGCCCAUACUGGCCGCCUGCCACGGCCGCAUGGGCGACCAACAGUGGAACUACGGUGCCAAGGUGGAGACGCCUGUGUAUAACCUGGCGGUGGGCGGCUGCCUGUCGGCGUCGGGCCGGGAGGAGGGCGCGCCCUUGGCCAUGACGGAGUGUCGCGAGGACCCGAGCAUCACCUGGGACGUGCUGUCGGUCAGCUGACCUCGCCCGUGACCUGGUCUGACCUGGACCUGGACCUCGCCCUUGCCCUCGCCUGGCGGGGACGUGGGAUGAUGACCUCACGAUUUGGACAUUUUGAAACGGGGGAGUAUCGAUGCUCUGUCGUCAUCUCCGGAAGGGUUUCACUGUAUGUAAGAAAGGAUUUGGUUCUUUUUUGCGUUAUGAAUUGUUGGUUCUUAGUUUGAGUUGAUGACCUUCAAUAAACCAGGAAGUACUGAUAACAAGAUUUGCAAUGCUGGCUGCCGAUUAUGUUGACGGCACUCAAUAUUUCGCGCUGUGCUUACUCUGCGCAGCGGUUCCUGUCCACAUCCUGGGCUGUGCCUUAUAGGUCGUUACUCAGCAUAAGAACUUUCAACUCAUAAUGGGAAGGGUUCUGUGGAUCUCUGAAUUACUCGUUAGGAUGUUGGUAUUGUAUUUUUGUGGUGAGGGCUUCAGCAAUAAAGGCGCUUGAAAUGCUCCUAAACUGGGAUAUCUUUGAUGUUUUGUAUCGGUCGCAAUGGGAUGGUUUCUUGGGUGCGGCAUCCUGGAAAAUCCCUUUGUGCUUUCACUCGUAUACUCGGUGUCUGAUGGACGCUGCCUGUAUUUUUGAUAGCAUAUUUUUGCAAUCAAUGUACGUUACUUUUCACAUGUCAAGAACUUGUUCGCGUCGGUGACCUCUGUGUUCAUCAUGGCAAUAGGAAGGUCAAGACGGCAGGUGGUUCCCGUUAUUUCUUAACUGGCCGUGGCGGGAUGGUAUGCAUUUGCCAUGAGCUCGCGAGAGCUAUUUUUGCUGAGAUGUUCCAUCCACGUACUAACUGCCAGCCGCUCGAUUUUAAGUGGUUCUGAUGGGACCAAUUUGUGAUACGUGGGUACCUGGCACUCUGAGAUUCCAUCACGCCCGUGUUCAUCUAGAUCUGUCUGUUACGGUUUUCGGACGCCUGUGCACAUUUGGGCCGGGCGCGUGUGUUCCGCGCACCCAUUGCGCCCGGCGCUUAGGCGCCAGCCGGUGCUCCGGCUGCGGGCGCCGCCGCGCUGUUCAAGCGUGCGCACGCAAUGUCCGGCCAGUGUCAGCGCCUGAGGCGUGUAGUGCGCCGGCCGUGGGGCCUGUGUCGGCCGCGCGCCUUCGGUGGCCGCCGCGGUCGGCGCGCGUGCGACGUGAAGCGGCCUCUCGUGGCCUCGAUGUCGUGUUCUGGCCCGGCCCGCCGGGUGGACGGACUGUGCAGCCAGGCGUGGCGUUGGCUGCUGCCGCCUCGCGCGUGUCACGUGGACCCUAUUGGGGCCUGACCGAUCGGUGAGGACGUGCGUGCUCUGAUGGAACUGGUUAGCGGGCGCACGGUGUUGGCGGGCGGGGCCUGGGCGCGUGGGACCCGGCUGCUGCAGCCGGGCGCGUUGCCGCGAAUGUGGUGGUCUGUCGCGCUGUCGAUGACUGAGCGUGCGCUGGUGACCUCGGUGGUUUGUUAGGUAGGUUGCAUGUUGGGCUUACGCCGGUGUAGUUAAUAAAAGCCUG